AUGGCAAAGGUCCCUGCUGCAGCUGGAGGCAGCAUCCUCCUGCCGAAAAUAGUGCAAGCCGAGUUCUGUGCCAACUUCAGGAGCAGCCACCACCACGCGCAGAACCCGAGGCAGAACAACCGGCGCGCCGAGUGUGUGCCUCUGAGAUUAGGCGCCGGGAAGGGGGACCUGCGUCCCGCGGCCGCCACGGUUCCUACAGACUUGGGGGUACCAUCCCAGGACCCCUGCUCCCUGCCGCCCUGGGCCAGCCGCGUGCCCCGCGGCUCGGGAGGCUCCCCGCAUCCCCGCGGGCGGGGCCUGCCUUCCGGAGCGGGUCGGUGGGGGCGGGGGGCUCCGGGAAAGGGGCCGUUACUUUCCCAGAGCGGCGGGCGACGUCAGGCGGGAGGGCGCGGGGCGCACGCUUUAAAUGGCAUUCGCUGUCAUCCGAGCCCGGCCCGUGUGGGUAGGAGCAGCUAUAUAAGCGGCGGCGGACGCCGCGGGGCAGACGCGCGGAAGCGGCCAGCGCCUCGGAUCGCAGCGGAGCGGCGCCCCCCGCGCCGUGUAUCCCCGACGGGCCCUCGCCCGCCCUCCCGAGGAGCGCCGAGCCGGGCCCGCGAGGGCCGCCGCCACCCCACAGCAGAUUUGGAUCCCCCGCCCGGCGAGCCCCAGGCUGCUGCCUCCCGGGGGGCCCCGGCGCAGCGGCCGCCCCCCGACAGCCCCGCCGCCCCGCCGCCCGGCCCCGAAGACGCCGGCAGCGCCAUGGCGGCCGCCAAGCCCAGCGAGCUGAUGGGCAUCUGCUCCAGCUACCAGGCGGUGAUGCCUCACUUCGUGUGCCUGGCCGACGCGUUCCCGCAGCCCGUGCGGCCCGCCAAGCUGACCAAGGGCAAGGGCCGGCUGCGGCGGCCGCGCCAGUCCCGCUUCAAGACGCAGCCGGUGACCUUCGACGAGAUCCAGGAGGUGGAGGAGGAGGGGGUGUCGCCCAUGGAGGAGGAGAAGGCCAAGAAGUCCUUCCUGCAGAGCCUGGAGUGCCUGCGCCGCAGCACGCAGAGCCUGUCGCUGCAGCGGGAGCAGCUCAGCAGCUGCAAACUGAGGAACAGCCUGGACUCCAGCGACUCCGACUCGGCCCUGUGAGGGCGCCGCCGGCAGCGGGCACGCACGCCUCCGGGGCCCGCCGGGGACUAGCGUGCGAACCCCGGUAGGGCCCGCGCCCCGGGGACCCCCGAGGACCCGGGACGACCGCCCCUCGCGCUCGCUGGGACUCCCGCCAAACAGAACUGGUCGGUGCGCCUUGUGCUGCGCUGGUCCUGGGUCCGAGCGCGCCGGGGGCGCCAGGAAGGGAGCCGCUUCUCUGCCCUUGUACAUGUUUAUUUUUAAACUCUGCCCACUACGAACUCCGCUGUGAGUGUGCGCGGGGAGCGCACCCGCGCGGGGUCGCCAGGGCUCCCUGGAGAGCCGCUCCACGCCCUUGCCCUAUGGGUUGCAACUCCGAUCUUGCACACCGCUCCACCGCCGCGCCCCUCAGCGCCCCCAGUGCACACUCACGCCAACAUACGCUCGCUGAACACUUUUAUAAUCGUUAGGCGCGGCCGAUGGGACUUGGUGCAGCGCAGCCGCUGCUGUGGCCGGAGGAUGGGUAUUUAUUUUUGCAUUGCGAUGGCUGGAGGCGUUUAUUUAACGGUCUUUUUACCUGGAUAUGUCUAUGAGGCUCCCGAACGGAGACAAAUAAAGUCAAUAUAUUUGCACAGUG